CAUGUCGGAGGUGCUGGAGGGGGCAAUGCGGGAGCAGGAGCAGCGGCUGGGCAUUCACAUCUCCCUGUCCCACGAGAAGGAGCCCCUGGGCACAGCGGGGCCGCUGGCGCUGGCCCGGGAGCUGCUGGCCGAGAGCUCGGAGCCUUUCUUUGUCCUGAACAGCGACGUGAUCUGCGACUUCCCCUUCUCGGACAUGGUGCGCUUCCACAAGCAUCAUGGCAAGGAGGGCACCAUCGUGGUGACCAAGGUGGAAGAGCCCUCCAAGUACGGGGUGGUGGUGUGCGAGGCGGAGACAGGACGCAUCCACCGCUUCGUGGAAAAGCCCCAGGUGUUCGUCUCCAAUAAGAUCAACGCUGGCAUGUACAUCUUCAACCCCAGCCUCCUGCGCAGAAUCCAGCUGCGGCCCACUUCCAUAGAGAAGGAGAUCUUCCCGGUGAUGGCUCGGGAUGGGGAGCUCUAUGCCAUGGAGCUGCAGGGCUUCUGGAUGGACAUCGGGCAGCCCAAGGACUUUCUGACGGGCAUGUGCAUGUUCCUGCAGUCGCUGCGGGCCCAGCACCCGGAGAGGCUGCACACAGGCCCCGGCUUCGUGGGGAACGUGCUGGUGGUGAGUGUGGGGUGGGAGCCCCCUUCCCUGGCUCUGCCCCCUGCGUGCUCCACGGUCCUGCCGCACAAGUCCAUCGCCGAGUCAGUGCCGGAGCCGCGCAUCAUCAUGUAGCAGGCAGCGCGGGCCCAGGGGGCUGCCAGCCCGCUGCCCCAUGGAGCCCCGGCCCGGAGAGAUGAGCGGCCCAGCGGGGCUGGACACUCUGCACUGGAGCGUGGAGACUGGUGUGCGGGAAGCAGGGGCCACAGCUGCGCCCAGCCUGGCCUGAGGGCUGGCCCCAGGGGCAGCUGUGUGGGCCUCACCCAAUACAGAGACACUGGGAACGA